UUCUCUGCUGGUGACGGGAUAGAGUGGACUACAAUUCCCAGAAGAGUGUGCAGCCGCGCUGGGCUGUCGGUGGCGAUGAUUUACGGUCAUCUGACCAGGAACUGUGAGGGGGGUUUGUUUACAAUAUCUGGCCUUUGAUAUGUGAUAUUCUGAUUUACGUCUUUUGCGUGAACCACAAGUAAAAUUUGACAUGGCGAAGAAAAGUAAGUGAAGGAAUAAGAUAACUUCAAUUGGACCCUAGAAGCUGGCUGUAUGAGAAAGUAUAUGAGGCAUAUUUUCUCUUCUGAAUUUUGAUCAUCCUUGUGUGAGAAUAUAUCUUGUCGUCAACAAUUCCAUUCAGAUUUGCUAUGUCAAAUUCAGCUAUCGUGAUUAUGUUCUUUUGUCAAGAACAUACCCCUUCAAAUUUCUCAACCUGGCUGAUCUGUGGCCACCUUGUCUUUAUUUUUAAUUUUUAGAUUACAAAUGGUUUGGUUGUUUAUCAUGAAUCGAAUGAGCUCACAGAGCAGUUCGCCCCAGAGACGACGUAUGAUCCUUGGAAUUAUUGUUCUAUUGGUUGUCGAUAUUAUCUGGGUUGUAUCAUCUGAACUUACCUCAUAUAUAUUUAAAAGGUAUGAGAAACCCUUCUUUAGUACGUUUGCCAAAACAUCAAUGUUUGUGCUUUACCUCAUCGGAUUCCUUGUUUGGAAGCCCUGGCGGGAACAGUGUACCAAUGGAAGACAUGGUGCAUUGUUUGCAGAUGCUGAAAACUACCUUGCAACUUGUACUACAGACAAUAGUAUAAAUGAUUCUUUGAGUGAACCACUAUAUAUCCCAGUAAAAUUUCAUGAUUCAGCCAAUGAAAAAAAUAGUAAUGACAACAACACAGCUUUAAAAAAACCACGUGUUAGGUUCAGUAACAUUAUGGAGGUGCGGCAACUUCCAGCUCAUCAUGCAUUUGAAGCAAAACUCUCUCGGAUGUCGUAUCCAGCAGCAAAGGAUCACGAAGCAGUGCUGAAAUCUGUUGGCAAAUUGACAGUAUCACAAGUCGCAAAAAUCAGCUUUUUCUUCUGCUUUGUGUGGUUUCUGGCAAACUUUUCCUAUCAGGAGGCGCUUUCUGAUACUCAGGUUGCUAUUGUUAACAUAUUGUCCUCAACUUCGGGUCUUUUCACUUUACUUCUAGCUGCAAUGUUUCCUAGCAACAGUGGAGACAGGUUUACGUUAUCCAAAUUAUUAGCAGUAAUUUUAAGCAUUGGUGGUGUUACCCUUGUAAGUCUCUCAAGUAAUGAUACAGAAGGAAAAGGCAUAAUAGCAAGGUGGGACAUGUCGUCAACCAUCCUAGGAAAGUGGGUUGCAUCCCUAGGCUCAUUGUGGUCAUUAACAGGAGCAGUAUUGUAUGCCGUCUAUAUAGUCAUGAUCAAAAGAAAAGUUGACCGAGAAGACAAACUUGACAUACCCAUGUUUUUUGGAUUCGUGGGAUUAUUUAAUCUCCUGCUGCUGUGGCCUGGGUUUUUCUUGCUUCACUACACGGGAUUUGAGGCUUUUGAAUUUCCAACCAAAACUGUUUGGAUGUACAUCCUUAUUAAUGGGCUUAUAGGAACAGUGCUUUCUGAAUUUCUUUGGUUGUGGGGCUGUUUCCUUACAUCAUCACUGAUUGGAACCCUCGCAUUAAGCCUCACAAUACCUCUUUCCAUGAUAGCAGACAUUUAUAUGAGAAAGGUGGAGUUUUCAUGGUUAUUAUUUGCAGGAUCGAUUCCAGUCUUCCUCUCUUUCUUCAUUGCAACACUUUUAUGUCACUAUAAUAACUGGGAUCCAGUAAUGGUUGGCCUGAGGCGGAUAUUUGCAUUUAUAUGCAGGAAGCAUCGCAUUCAGAGAACUCCAGAGGACAGUGAGCAGUGUGAAAGCCUCAUUCCUAUGCAUGGUGUUUCUCAGGAGGAAGGAACUAAUUGUUGUUCAUGAACCCAGACCGAAGAUAAAUCCACCAAGUAUUUUUGCGCUCAGACAAUCUCCUGAAGUUCUGAUGAAUCCAUAUUCUUUCAGUGCCUGUUCAAAAGUCCCACCCAUGAAAUUUCAACUCUCUUAAGACACUGCAUACACUUAGAACUGCUACCUGUUGGGAAUAUCAGUGGAUUACAAACAAAACAGCAGAAUUACUUGUAUAUCGCUUGAGAUUGUUGUGGAAAAUUCAGCUUUCAAUACAACCUAUCUGCCUUACUGAAUGUAUCAAACUUUUAAUUCAACUUGAAAAUAGAAUACUAUUCUGUGAAUGUGAGGAUAAACUGUUUUUGGACCAUUAUUUUUGUCAGUAGAUUUUUGGAAAAUACUAGCCAACAUUGAUACUGAAGAGCUACAUACCUAGAGUACAACAUAUAUCAGUAAUGCUGUAUUGACUCACCUACAGGGAGAAAGGAAAAUGGCUUUGAUUAAGAACCAAUCCAAUUUUAGCAUUCUGUGUACAUCCUAUUAAUCUAACCAAGAGGAAAUAUCAAAUUAAUGUUCACAGAAGCAAAGGGAACUUACAACUUUGAGACACAGUUCAAACAACAAUAUUACUAAGGUGUUGCCUGGUUAAACUGUGGAUACACUACAUAAUCCAUAUUUUCUUAAAAGACUGAUUCAGAUUUCAGUAUCUUUAAUACUGUAUGUUUCAAGUUGAAUCUAUCUCUGAUCUCUCAAAGAACGUCCAUUUAAGAUGAAUUAGAUGACAUAAGAUUUUUCCAUAUAUAUUGAAUUCCAUGAGUCAGUGGUUUUGAAAAAAGAACAGAAACCAUAAUUUUGUUUGUGAGAAGUUGCAGUUUCUGCAUUCUUGUACUAAAUACAUUUCUGUAUGUAUUCGUAUUAUGGUGCUUCUACAGUUAUGUACACCAUUUGUCUUUGAUUCUCAGGAACUCCGUACAGUCAAGUAAGUAGUUCCAUUCUUUUUUAUUAGAUCAUGUAAAUUUACUGAUGUACUGAAGUUUUGUUUUUAAAUAAUGAUCAACCCUUCACUUAUGGUUGGAGUGUUGUACUUAAUGAUUCAAAGUUCAGGUUUUUAUGGUCUCCUUUAAAAAGGGCAAUCAAUGAUAUAGUAUAUUUCAGCCAAAUAUUUCAGUGCGAAUUCGUAUACAAAGUAGAACAGGUUUGCAAAAAUAUGGUUUUAGUUCGUUGUGGGUAAAAUAUUAUUUUAUUGAUCAAAUUUUAUUGACUGCAACCACUUGACAAUUACCAUUGUACUAUGGAUUGAGCUUAAUCCCCAGUCAUCAUUUAAUCCAAAAAUACCUUGUAUAAUUCUUCUGGUAAGUUGUUUGCAUUCGUACGCCGGCAAAACUAGUGUAUUGUACUAGUUAGUUUGGUGUAAAUUCCACUGUAAUAUAAAUAUUUGUUGUGAAAUGUUUUCAAUUUGUGAAUAUUCAUGGUUGUUUGAACAUAUUUUAUGAGUAAAGAGACACAAGCAGUGGUUUAACUUUGUUAGGAGAAGUGGUACAUUAUAAAUCCCUGGUUAAGUCAUAGCUGGAGCAUUGUGGACAAUUUGACAUCAUAACUUAAGAAUAAUAUAAAAGCUUUUGUAAAGGUGCAGAGGAGGUUUUCUAGAAUACUGAAAUGGUUUUUAAAAAUCUUUUCCUAUGAACAGAGAAAAUGAAGAAGUGAGCUAACAGAUUUUCACUAAAGUAAGUGGAUUUUUUAAAACAAUUUCCCUCUCAUAUGGGCAAUAACUUGAUUAUUGAUUUAGAAUACAUAGCAAAUGAUCUAGAAGGGAAAUGUGUUUUUUUUUCCAGAGUUGUCAGAAUCUGGAAGUUUACUUGAAAUGAUAAUGCAUUGGUAAUUUGAAAAUAAGAGUUGAAUAGUUACUUGAUGAGGAACUUGCAUGAGUAUUUGCAAAAAAUUGUAAAGAAGUGGAACUAAAUACAACCUUUUCAAAGAU